AGUUAUAAACAGUAAUUAGACCAAGCCAGCACAGCUUUGCGAAGAAUGGACAUGAACGUUAAUUUAUAAUACAGAUUUUCGUGUCCUUUCUUGAAAUCGCCCUACUGCCGGCAUUGUGAUAUAUAGGCCUUGAUAGGAAAUCGCGGUGGGAAAGCGAGCGAUAAUUGCCAGAACAGUUAGCCGGUAUCCGCAUUCUUUAAAUACACAUUGGCUUCCUGUGAGCAAGACACAUGAGCCCUAGCCGUCUUUCGCCGGUCUAAACAGGAGCCAAUUUCAGCAGUUUUACAGUGGCACGAAAGGGAAAAUACAUAUCUUGACGUGCCGUGGCAUCGAAAAGCAUAUGGGCGACACACACACAAGCGACGUUUGUGCUCCCGCGUCGCUGUCGAUGUUAUCGAACUAGGGAGGGGAUUUCUGUAUACGCGGCAAGCGAAGAACGUGGCCGCCAGAUGCUGGUUAUGUGUGUAUGCACUAAUUAACGACUUGGUCGGCGCUGGUCAGUUGUGGACUUGUUGAUGAGGAGGAUGUUUAGCGGAAUGGCGGUUUAGCGUAAAUGGGAGUGGACAGUGUCUUGUUUGUAUUGGAUCUGUCCAGAGGGAAACGACGAGAUGCUGAUGCGACUGUUAAUCAUUAACACCAGUCUAUCCUGAUAGGAUCAUCUUUUAUCGAUAAAUUGCGAAGGAUCGCGUGGGCAUACUCAAUACUGGAUUAAAAGAAUAUAAUCGCUGAUCAUCUCCAGCCUCUAAUGAAUAGCACAAGCUGGAGUGGAGGGCUUCUUAUAUUGCACUGUGCCGGUAUUUUUGGCGUGUAAAUGUCGCUUGGACAUUUAGUCGACGCGGAUAUCCUCUGGUGAAUCCCGAUAAAUCAUAGUUAGCGGUUAAGCUUGCACAUCACCUGGACAACUAAAGCAUCUCUAAGUAUAGUGGCAUAUAUUACGGAAUUUAUUACGCACUCGCGUAAUUUGUGUUCGGAAUGCUUAGUGCGUGUGUGGCCUAAUAUUAGGUUCAUACUGUAAACGCGACAUAAUACGAAUACUUAACGUAAAUGGAUACCGCAAGGCACCUGCUACUGUGGUACAUUUGUUUGUUGCCAUUAACAAGUGGACAUCCUGCCCGGAAUGCGCACCGAUCAUUGAAAACUGGCAUUCGUCCACCACGUUUGAUAACACCACACCAACCGGAAUUACAUGCCGGAGUGGGAACCAAGAAGACCGAAGUUAAUUGUGAUAUUCACGGCAGUAAGAACUCCACGUCCAUUGCGUGGUUUCGCAAUGGCUCUCAGAUCAUUCCUGGUGGCGAUCAUGACAACAAACGGUUCGAUACAAGAAAGUCCGGAUUCGUGCUGGUGGUGCAUAAUUUAAAGCCAUCCGAUCAUAAAAGUGUUAUCGGCUGCCGUUUAACAAACUCACACGGCACAACUUGGAAAAACGUGACCUUAAUAGUGGUUUCUGAGGCGGAAAUAAUAGCAGAACACAGCAUCCCCAGCUUGUUUCAGGACGACAUUGUACCACGUCGAUCUGUCGGCAAAAAGCCCGAACCGCAAGCGCCAUACGUUUUAUUGCACUCUGGAGCCAACACGACUUCGCCAAAAGAAUUCGAAGUUAGGGAACCCGUUGGAGAAAACGGAUUCCUGCGUUGUCCGGUCGCGGGUUUCCCUGAGCCGUCAGUGAUCUGGAAAAAGGACGGAGUUAUCGUUAUAAGAACGGAAAGGAUUUCCUUGCCUCCAGAUCUCUCUUUGCGCAUCGAAGCUAUGCAAGUAACCGACAGUGGGCAUUAUCAGUGCACAGCCAAAAAUGAUUAUGGAUCAGCAGUAAUUAACUAUGAUGUUCAAGUCUCCAAUGUUCACGCUGGACCACCGAUCAUCGAAAGCGAUUAUCCAAAAAACAUAAGCGUCGUGAUUGGUCAGUCGGCUUCUUUCGAAUGCAAGGUGAUAAGUGGAUUUCAUCCUUUUGUUGCCUGGUUCCACUACGUAUCGGGAACAAGCGUUAUCGGUAAAACGCUCGAUGUGGACAACACCAUUAUGAUUACACCUUCAGACAAAUACGAUCUGUCCGACGCAUUCAAACUGGUGAUCGUAAAUGUAACACUGAACGAUUCCGGUAUCUAUGGCUGUGCAGUCGAAAAUCCCGAGGGAUCCACUGAACGACGCGCGUAUCUGGAAGUGAAGCUAGAACCGGAUGUUGUAUCUACUCCAACAUCGUCCAGUUUCCACCUCUUUAUUGGCAUCGCAGCGGCCAUCGGUCUGAUCUUUCUUUUUGCUGUGGCAUGCUUAUUCUACUGCUUUUGUAAAAAAUCUCAUGCCGACCGGCUGGCUGAAAAAGUCUCCCAUAUCCCUAUCUCCACCUAUCGGAAACGAAUGAAAAUCAUCCAACGGCAAGACUCCGGGCACAGCGAUAACACCAUGAUCGUCGGACAUAUUUUUGUAGAGGAUGACUGGCAUGCGGCUGGUGGCAGUAUGACCAACAGCGGCUCCAUUGUGACCACCCAGGCCACAACGACCAGCCACUGCAAUUCCACCAUUGAAUACGUUAUGCCCGACAACUGGGAAUGGGACUGGGUGUACGAUCGGAAGAAGUUGGAGGAUUUCAAUCCGGAUAAGCCUAUUGGCGAAGGGGCUUUUGGAAAGGUCAUCAAGGCUAGAGCUAAUAAUCUUCCACGGGGUGGGGGAGAUGCGACGGUAGCAGUCAAAACGACGAAAGCAGAAACUGGCUCGGAAUCGGAAUUUGUGGCAUUAAUGCAAGAAUUCCUCAUAAUGGUAGCGGUUGGACCUCAUCGAAACAUCAUCAAUGUACUGGGCUGCUGCGUGGAAGAAGGGCCAUUUCUUGUUCUUGUCGAAUAUGCACCGUUUGGAAAUCUACGGGAAUUCUUACGGCAACGCCGUAAAAACGAUGGUUACGAGCAGCCUAUUGGAAUGCCACAAAUUACUCAACGAGAUUUGGGACGAUUUGCUGUGGAAAUAGCUUGCGGCAUGGAAUACUUGUCAUCGAAGCGAAUUAUUCAUCGUGAUUUGGCGGCAAGAAACAUUCUUGUUGGAGAAAAUCAGACUAUGAAAAUAGCCGAUUUCGGGCUAGCCAGGGACAUCUAUGAUCAAGAAUAUUAUAGAAAAACAUUGAGUAAUAACUCAACUUCGGAUCGUAUACCUGUUAAGUGGAUGGCUUUAGAAGCGCUUCGUGACCUUGUGUACACCUACAAGAGCGACAUAUGGUCAUUUGGGGUUCUUUUAUGGGAAAUAAUGUCAUUUGGCGCCAGUCCUUACCCGUGGAUGAAUGAAUUUUCACAACUGUUCCAUUUCUUGGACUCCGGCCGCCGAAUGGAUGCACCGCGAAACACACCGACCGCAUAUUAUGAUAUAAUGCUGCAAUGUUGGCAUAAAGAUCCGGACCUGCGCCCGUCGUUUUCCGACCUCAUACAACAGCUCUAUCUAAUUCUGAACGGAUCGGAGUAUUUGGAGAUUUCGAAAGAAGAAUUCCCUAUGCUGGAAAACAAUCCGCAGUAUAUGUUCGUGCCUGCCUCAAGAGCAAAUACUGACCCCAAUGCAACUGUGAAAUCAGCCCUGCUUUCCUAGCGAUAAUUUGUACAUUGGUUUUUUACCGUAUCGACGCAUUAAAAUAAAGUUUUUUGUGCUUUAUUUCAACAAGACAACAUAUUCUGAAUAAAUUUUAUUCCCGUACUUGAUCAAUAAGGCGAUUUUCAUUUUUUUAGUUCUUACUGACGUUGUUUGAAUGGAUUUAUUUAUGUUUUUUGCCUGCGGCUUAUUGUUAGCAUCCUCCUCUCUUUGUUCCCGGUUAAAGUGUACAUCUUUUACUACAGUACCGAUAGAUACCAAUAGCUUUCUCACGAGUAGGUAGC